UUCCCGGAAGUGCCGCUCUGCCCUCGGACCGGAUGUUGGGUCUGCGCGCUCUGCUCGGUCUGGGCCUUCUGGUCGGGGGCGCGCGCCUGGGAACCAGGGCGGACACGUGCGCGCGCAUUGCUGGAGUGACGGGAGGCGGGGGCGCGCCCUGCAGGAAGUACCGAGCCGGGCCAGUCAUGGCGGGGGGGCUGAAAUACCUCAGCCAGGAGGAAGCCCAAGCAGUGGAUGAGGAGCUUUUCAAUGAGUACAAGUUCAGCGUGGACCAACUCAUGGAGCUGGCUGGAUUAAGCUGUGCCACUGCCAUAGCCAAGGCCUAUCCAAUCAGCUCCUUCACUUCAAACCUUCCUUCUGUGCUUGUGGUGUGUGGUCCAGGGAACAAUGGAGGGGACGGCCUGGUGUGUGCCAGACACCUUAAACUAUUUGGAUAUGAACCAGCUAUAUUUUACCCAAAGCGGCCUAACAAAACUCUAUUUGAAAAUCUAUCUACACAAUGCAGAAAAAUGGACAUCCCAUUUCUGCCCGAGUUUCCACAAGAGGCGGAGGUGAUCGAUGGAGCCUACAGUUUGGUUAUUGAUGCCAUUUUUGGAUUCAGCUUUAAAGGAGCUGUAAGAGAACCCUUUGGAAGUAUCUUGAACACCUUGAAACAGAUCACCAUUCCCAUCGCAAGCGUGGACAUCCCGUCAGGAUGGGAUGUCGAGAAGGGAAACCAGGAAGGAAUCCAGCCAGACAUGCUUAUCUCGCUGACUGCUCCCAAACAGUCUGCACAUCAUUUCACCGGCCGUUACCAUUACUUGGGUGGUCGGUUUGUCCCCAUGGCUCUGCAGGAGAAAUACAAGUUGAACCUCCCUCUGUACCCAGACACUGACUGUGUCCUGAAACUUUAGCCUACCUGGGAUUAUGCUGUGACAUCAGGAAAGAAAUGUGUUUCUUUAAAAAAAAUAGGAUCGCUUU